CUAUGCAGAGGAUGCAGACAGUCCUUCUCAGCUUUGUCCAAAUAGCAAGGCUUACCAUGUCUGCAGACGAGGGUGAUGUGCUGGCACUGGAGAAGGCAGAGAGUUUGGCUAGAGGAGCGGCUUUGAAAUGGGCUUCUGGCAUAUUUUGCCGCCCUGAUCAGUUGACACGACUUGGGCAUUACCGCAGACGUGAGACCCAAAGGAAUAACUCCAUACAGUCCCGAUUAAAACAGUCGACAGCGCAGUCCUACUUGGAAGGAGUGGAACAGGGAGUGGCCCAACUUCGCAGGGCACUCACGGAGGUACACAAUGUGCAGCAGGCCCUCAGCGAGGCACAGGAGAUUUGGCAUGGCAGUGAAGAAAUUAUUGGUAAUCUACAGCCUGUCCAAAAGCUGGUGAUGGAGCAUGUACAACUAUCUGUGGUUCUAGAAAGCCUGCCUUAUAUCUAUUCAGUUCCUGAGCUGCUGUCCCAGACACAUGUUCUGAUUGAGAGACAACGUCUCCUGGAGGCUCAUGUCAACCUGCGUGAUCUGGAAAGUCUGCGGGAUGAUGUGCUGUACAGACUACAAAGAGUGGGACCGCUUUCAGCUGCUGAGAAUGGAGGAGAUGCCACAGAACUAGUAGAGCAGUUUUUUGCUGGGGUACAGAAUCUAAGCGAAGAGCUGGGUCAAACCAUAUUCUCACUAGCCAGUUCAUCGUUGAGCUUGGCAUGUUCAGAUCCAACUCUGUUAGUGUCGGCUGUCCGAAUCAUUGAACGCGAGGAGUCUUUGGAUUUAGUAAUGUCAGGAGGAUCACCAACAUCAGGGCGGCCCAAGCGUUGGAGGGAAAGUUUCUUCCAAACAUUUGAAAGAGGGGUGUGUGAAAGGCUGCUGCCGUCGAGCCUAGAUGAGGAAAGUGUCAGUCCUGCAGGCCUUGCAUGUCAUCUCCAGGAGCUGCAGGAUAGGUUGUUGGCAGAAUUGCAGGCGGUGAGCUCGAUACUAACACCAUGUGUUCCACCACAUUAUGAACUGAGCCGAACUGUGGCUUUAAUGUGCCACCGAGCUGUCUCCCGCCACGCUCGUGAUAUUUUGAACAUUGACCUUACUCACCCAUCCCUAUACUUUGUGCUUCACUGGAUUCUGAAUGUGUACCCUAGUGAGGAUUUGAUGGCCCAUCCCGAUCUAGCGUCUGAGGUGGAUUUGUCUGAGUUGGGACCUCUUGUUUCUCCCGAAAUCAUGGAAGAGCAACUGAAUCGCUACACUCGCAGUGUUAGGGCUUGCUUGAGUCAGUGGAUGCAGAAAGCACUGGAAGCAGAGUAUGCAGACUGGUUCAGGGAGCAGGAGCCUGAUAAAGACCAGGACGGGCUCUUCAUUUCCAGUCUACAGCAACUGAUCAUGCAAAUGCUCUCAGAAAACAUUGGGCUGGCCUCGGCUUUGGGCACAGGUCUAGAGAGCCGGGUGAGGACAGCAGCUGUGCACGAGAUGGAUAACUGCCUGGUCUGGUUACGAGAGGCUCUCAUAAAAUACGGAAUUGAGCACAUGAGAGACAGAACGGUCCCACCAUUUUAUAUACCCUACCUGAUAGCUACGAUAAAUGGCUGCCUGGCUCUAAGUUCUUCUAUGUCAUACCUGCAGUCAGAGAGCCCUAGUGACUCCUUGUACAGAAAAGCUGGACCUUGUCUGCAGACAUCACUUGGAAAGACUCAGAAGAAGGCCUGUCACCUUCUCCUGGAGGAGCUACAGAUGGAGCUGCAGCCUUUCUACACGCAGAUCCCAUCCAGACCCUGGAUUUUGGGUUCAGAAAUUAUCCACGUCAUCAGUGACAAGGUGGAAAAUUUCAGCCACUAUCUGUGUAAAGUCAGGGAUCCUGUGUGCCAGGUAUUGCGGGCUCAGACGGAGAGGAUGUUAAUCAUUGAGUAUGUCAAAGCCUUGAUACAUGGGAAGCUGGUGUGUAAGAACUCUGGGGAGCGGCAGCUCCUGGCGGAGAGGAUGUGUGCAGAUGCUGAGGUGCUGAGUGCAACCCUCAGUAGGAUGGGUUUGGAGCAAUCAAGUCUCUGCAUCCCACUCAUUCUGUCUCUUCAGGAAUUGUUUGCUCUGAAGGAUCCAUCUUUGCUCAGUCUAGAAGUAUCUGGAUUAAUGACAAUGUUUCCAGAUAUAAGUGAUGAUCAUGUACUGGCUUUACUGGAACUGAGGGGAGAUGUAAGCAGAGAUGUCCGUCAUGGGGUGAUCAAUACGAUGCAGAACCACGCACUGUCACUGCCACUUGACUAUCAGCCAAUAUUCACAAGUAUUCCAGUGCCUGCACCUCCUCCAUCAUUCUGCCUUCACCCCAGCUCGUGUGCUUAAUGUAUGAUCACAAACAACAUAACUGUCCCUUCACCCUUUAUACCCUCACACGCCUACCAUUAAAGCCCCAUCACUCUUUGUACCCUCACACACCUACCAUUACAGCCCCAUCACUCUUUAUACCCUCACACGCCUAGCAUUACUGUCCCUUUAUACCCUCACACACCUAGCAUUGCUGCUUGUAACGGACCGUUUUGCACACAAGAGGUUAAAAACCGUUUAGGCGAUAUUCCCAUUUCAGAUGCACAGGCAGCUACUGCAAUCACCAAUCUCCCGAACUGGAACCAUACGAAUCCUCCAACUCCCGAACAGGAAACACACGAAUGCUGUUAAACAGCCGAAAAGGAAAAACCAUACGAACAGUUUACACUCCUUGCAGUCCCACUGUAACAGCAUGCAAUCCAAUU